GAACCCUAAGGACCUUGCAAUAUGAAUAAUUCUCUGGAGAACACCAUUUCCUUUGAAGAAUACAUCCGUGUGAAGGCGCGAACGAUCCCCCAGCACAGGAUGAAGGAGUUCCUGGACUCCCUUGCUUCCAAGGGGCCGGAAGCUCUGCAGGAGUUCCAGCAGACGGCCACCACCACCAUGGUCUAUCAGCAGGGUGGCAACUGCAUUUACACAGACAGCACGGAGGUGGCUGGGUCUCUGCUCGAGCUCGCUUGUCCCGUGACAACCAGCGUCCAGCAGCAGACUCCGCCAGAGCAGCAGAUCCAGGUUCAGCAACCCCAGCAAGUCCAGGUGCAGGUGCAGGUCCAGCAGUCGCCGCAGCAGGUCUCCGCUCAGCAGCUCUCCCCGCAGCUCGCUGUGCACCAGGCUUCGGAGCAGCCGAUACAGGUCCAAGUGCAGAUCCAGGGCCAGGGGCAGCAGCCGGCGGGGCCAGCCCUCCAGAGCCCCAGCCCGUCUCAGCUGCAGGCGGCGCAGAUCCAGGUGCAGCACGUGCAGACUGCCCAGCAGAUCCAGGCAGCCGAGAUACAGGAGGAGCACAUACAGCACCAGCAGAUCCAGGCCCAGCUGGUGGCAGGCCAGGCCAUCACCGGUGGCCAGCAGAUCCAGAUCCAGACCGUUGGGGCGCUGUCACCCCCCCCUUCUCAGCAGGGCUCCCCUCGAGAGGGCGAGCGGCGGAUCAGCACUGCUAGCGUCCUUCAGCCGGUGAAGAAGCGUAAAGUGGAUAUGCCUAUUACUGUGUCGUACGCUAUUUCGGGGCAGCCGGUUGCCACAGUGCUGGCCAUUCCACAGGGCCAGCAGCAGAGUUACGUCUCGCUGAGGCCAGACUUGUUAACGGUGGACAGUGCCCACCUGUACAGUGCCACUGGGACCAUUACUAGCCCCACCGGGGAGACGUGGACCAUCCCCGUUUACUCCGCUCAGCCGCGCGGUGACCUUCAGCAGCAAAACAUAACCCACAUCGCCAUCCCGCAGGAGGCCUACAACGCCGUCCACGUCAGCGGCUCGCCGACAACGCUGGCUACCGUGAAGCUGGAAGACGACAAGGAUAAGAUGGUGGGGAGUACUUCGGUCGUGAAGAACUCCCACGAGGAAGUGGUGCAGACUCUUGCUAAUUCGCUCUUUCCGGCGCAGUUUAUGAAUGGCAACAUCCACAUUCCGGUGGCAGUGCAGGCUGUGGCGGGGACGUACCAGGAGCAGGGCCAGCAGCAGCAGCAGCUACAGGUCACAUGCUCGGCUCAAACUGUUCAGGUUGCUGAAGUUGAACCGCAGCCGCAGACUUCACCUGAACUUCUACUUCCAAACUCUCUGAAGCCAGAAGAAGGGCUGGAAGUGUGGAAAAGCUGGGCGCAGACCAAGAACGCAGAGCUGGAAAAAGAAGCCCAAAAUAGGCUAGCACCUAUCGGAAGGCGUCAGCUGCUGAGGUUCCAGGAAGAUCUCAUCUCUUCAGCUGUGGCCGAGCUGAAUUAUGGUCUGUGCUUAAUGACACGGGAAGCUCGAAACGGCGAUGGGGAGCCCUACGAUCCGGAUGUGCUCUACUACAUCUUCCUGUGUAUUCAGAAGUAUCUCUUCGAAAAUGGCCGCGUGGAUGACAUCUUCUCCGAUCUCUACUACAUCCGGUUCACUGAGUGGCUGCACGAAGUUCUCAAGGACGUACAGCCCCGCAUUUCCCCUCUUGGUUAUGUCCUCUCCAGUCAUGUCACGGAAGAGAUGCUGUGGGAGUGCAAGCAGCUGGGAGCUCACUCCCCUUCCACCCUGCUCACUACCCUGAUGUUUUUCAAUACAAAGUACUUUCUCUUGAAAACGGUAGACCAGCACAUGAAGCUGGCCUUCUCCAAGGUGUUGAGGCAGACCAAGAAGAACCCUUCCAACCCCAAGGAUAAAAGCACGAGUAUCCGCUACCUGACGGCUCCUGGUGUACACCAGACAGGACAGAAAGUUACAGACGACAUGUACGCAGAGCAGACCGAGAACCCCGAGAACCCCCUGCGGUGCCCGAUAAAGCUGUACGACUUCUACCUCUUCAAAUGCCCCCAGAGUGUGAAAGGCCGGAAUGACACGUUUUACUUGACACCGGAGCCCGUGGUGGCCCCCAACAGCCCUAUCUGGUAUUCCAUCCAGCCGAUCAGCCGAGAGCAGAUGGAGCAGAUGCUCACCCGGAUCCUGGUGAUACGAGAGAUUCAGGAAGCUAUUGCCGUGGCUAAUGCCAGCACCAUGCACUAAGGCAUCCGUCUUGGCUCGGAAGGGGUGGGGUGACGGGGAGGGACAAGCAAAGAUCAAUUGUACAGACUUUUACACUAAAGGAGAUGCCUAAGUUUUUGGUUUUUUUAUUGGUGUAGUUAUGAAGCCCUUUUAGGCUUCUUCUCUUUAAAAGAAUCUAAAGGAAAACCUACCCAUUGUGUAUCCUACCCAACGCACCGCGCUGUUGGAACCGUUGGAGGCUGCGUGUCCCUGCGAGCUGUGGAAAGCUGCUGGUUGACUCUGGGUGUCGUUUUGGUUUGGGUUUUUUUUUUUUUUUAAAUGAUGUAGAAAACGUGAACUACAGGAUUGGCCGGGGCCUCUGUCUCCUCGGAGCACGUGCAGCCUCGAGGGCACAGAAUGAUGGAUGGACCUGCUCAGCCAGAGGAGAGGCAGGCAUCUUUUCUUGUGCUUGGACGUUAAUUUGCUGUUAUCUGGGAAGGAAGAGGAGAGAGUGAACUGCAAUUGUGAUUUAUACAAAACCCCACAAACCAACGAUUUCUAUUCAGACCUUUAAGUGACAUUUUUAGACGUUAAAAGUACAAACUUUACCACGCUCUUCUUUUUUUGGCCUAAGACUGAGGCCUUAAACCUUGAGGCUCCUGUGCCUGAUGGAAUUCUUGUAACAUACACUUGUGUAUCAUAUAAAGAUACCGCCCUGUUUCUCUUAUGUAUUCCUACUCUAGUUGUUUAUUAAGAAUGACGAGCACGUCUUUUCAACA